AUGUCAAUCUUGAUCACUCUUACAGUGCACCGACCACAAGCUUCUCCCACUACUAAAGACGUCAGCUAUACGGAUCCUUCGAAAGAGCCGAUCGAGCCAAAGACAGACGAACUCCAAGCUUUAAUAUACACCCUCGUAGCUGGAACCUCCAGUAAUCUCAUUGGAGUUGGCGUUUUCACCCAUCUUUACGAUCUCGGCGACAGAAGAGUACGCAAAGGUCCUGCUCCUGAUCUCGACAACCUUGACCUUGCUAUAAAACCAGUUCGAAGAGAAGGCGAAAGCCACAGCCACCUUGGCGAUUAUCCCCGAGUAAUCAAAUGUCUUGCGAAGGAGAAUCUAUUUGUAGACCUUAAGUAUGCUCCACAUGGCCACGUCGAGAGCUGUUUAAAAAGCCACUGCGAUACAUCGGAGGAGUGUCGCAUUCGAUUCGCACAGGAGGUUAUAGAAGCCGCAGUGUUCAUCGACAGUAGAGGCAUUAUUCAUUCCGACCUUGCUGCCUGCCAGUUUCUCCUCAAUGACACCCUCCAUGUUGAUUAG